CCAACGGCAUUGAAUGCCUCCUUAAUAAGAAUAAAUCCUCCCAAAUGCCACGCAGGGGAGUUCCACGAGGAAGCGGGUAUCCCCGAGGUCGAGGCCGUGGCAGCCACAGCAAUGACCUACCUUCGGCUCCAGUGUCGCUCCAGCAAGGCCCUAUUCGUGGUGAAUGCCACGCUUUAUGUCCCGCAAAAGAAGAAGCGGAACGUGCUCGAACGCAGGAGCUCAGUCGCUUCGAGCGUCCACUUGCAAACGCUCCAGCGCUCGUACCCGUGAAGAAAUACCGUCGAGCAGCUGCAGGCCGCGAUGUCUGGGACCCGCUGGAACUAAGACCAGCUCCAGUGCUGCUGCGCACUCUGCGUCACUUGUUCACGACGGUGCUGCUCUGGCCUCAGAGCGGCUUUGGUGCUUGGGAAGAGCGUGGAUCAACACGAGCUGCAGAGUUUCUGGCCGUUUAUCACUUUGUCAACGACCGUAUACGCAGCGUGCGGCAGGAUUUUACUGUGCAGAGGAUUGAAGACGCGUCGUUGGUGACGGCGUUGCAACAGAUAGCACGGUUCUAUCUGCUGUCUGGACUACGGUCGGCUCAAUUGUUGGUGUGUGUGAAGAAUCAACAGGACUGGAGCGACAAGCUGAACGAUGAACAGCUAGCGUCGGCUCUGUCACAGUUGCAAGUGCUGUAUAAUACGCACGAGUUAGCAGGAUUAAAUCACGAGGACGUUCCCGAGUUGAAUGAUGCAGGGGAGUUUGUGGCAUACGAUCUACUGCUACACGCUGACAGGCCUCAAGCUGUGGCCUGGUUGCUGCUGAAGCUGUCGUCUAAGCUACGUGGACUACCGAUGGUGCAGCGUGCGCUUCGUGCGUUUGUGGCGUUGCAGACGGAUAAUUUUCACGCGUUUUUCGUCGAGUUUAACGCUAUGACCGUGUUAGAACGAGCGGCUUCACUGCGUCACUACUCGAAGAUAUGGACUCGCAGUCUGCAUAUGAUCAACAAGGGGUUCGGCAAACAGGAUCGCUUUCCUUUGGAAGAACUCGCACGUUGGAUAGGCCUUGUAGACCAGCAGAGCAAAGGCGAGGGCGGAGAACUCGCUGAAAGUCUGUGCAAUGCCCUGAACAUCCAGACACAACGGCACCCUCCACCGCCAAGUCAAACGGGUAGUGCCGAUGUUGCUGACUCGUGGGAAGUUGAUGAUCUCUCGGACCAAGUAGCGUCGCUGACAGUGACGAAGCCACCCUCGAUCGGGUUUGCUCAGUUCAAGCUUGCACCGUUGAAUGACGAGAUAGACUCGAACACUGUGCAGCAGCUUCUUCAACACGUUGCGCUUCGCAUGGAGAAUGAGUUCAUUGAAAAUGGAUCGACGACAGAGCUGAUCAUGGGGUAGUCACGAGUGACAUUUUGUAGUUUGAUUCUUUGUUUAAAUAAUCUUACAGAAUGACAACAGUCUUUCGAAAGAAAUGCAUGAAGUAGUAGCCUCCCUCGACUACUGCGUAAUUGAAUAAAAUUCAUGCCUCUUACUUAGUA